AUAGGAAUUGUAUUUUCCAUAAAUAUCAUUGUCGAAACAAACAGCCUUCGACGUCCAGACUCCUGUUAAUAGGUCUCUGUCCUCUGCACUCACGCGAAAGAUCUCUCAGCUCAAUUCUCAACACUGCUCUGAUUCUCUCUUUUCAUUUAUGGCUUUUGCUGGGGAAAACAAUCGUCAUCUUUUACCAGCGUCUCGUCUGAGCAGCUCCAUUGGCUUUGUAUAGGGAGGCAUUGCAGCUGUUUGCCGUAAAAAUGUGACUUUUCCCUCCUCCACCUCCUCGGCGUCCUCGAGCAGUGAUCUUGAGGUAGCACUGUUGUUGGUGAAAAGUUGACAAGUUAGAAGUUGGUUACUACAGUUACAUUCCCAUCUUCUAUCUUCUUCCUGCUCUGUUAGCUACCAGACUAAGAAAUGUUAUAACGCAGAUUUCAAGAUAAAGCUCAAACAAUUCAAAGAAUAAAAUUUCAAUUGACAUGGACCCUCCAAGUGAGAAACUAGAAGAAGAACUACAUUUUUGUGAACAAAAAAUUACCAGUCUAGAGGAGAUCAGGCCUUACAUAUCCUUCGAGGAUGCAUGGAAGCGGGAGCUAGAAUACCGUGAUAGAAUAGAAAAGAAGUCCCUACAUUCUUCUAUUAGUUCCAGAGUCCCUUCUGCAACUUCUCAGGAGCUGCCUCCGAAAAAUAAUCUUUAUGAAAGAAAGAGAAAAGCAACCUUUUCUUCAACUCCAUUGGAGGAAGAAUCUCCAUCACCCUUAAAUCAACACGCUUCAUUAGAACAGAACAAGCCUUCAUCUCAGCAUUUACAGUGUAAAAGGUGCCUACCGCAACAACCAUCAUUCCACAAGCCUGCACUUCCUUUACUAAAGGAACCACAAACUUUAGCACUCGCUAUGCAGUCCUCAUCAAGCCCGGUGAACCAAUUUUGGUGUAAUAUUUGUCAAGUGCCAUGUAUGAAUGACUUCAGCUAUAAGCAACACUGUCAAGGGAAGAAGCACAAGGCUAAAUGGGAGGAGACCUUUGGAAACAGUAAGGAGGCUGAGAUGAAAAGGCACAAGCUUUUAUGGUGUAAUGAGUGCAGUAUCCUUUGUGUAAAUGAAUUGGCGUUAUCUCAACAUCUUGUGGGGAAGAAGCACACUAUCCGUCUUCAUGAGGUAAGACUUCUAAAUGUUAGUAGUCCAUAAGCUGCCAAGUUUUAGACUCUAAAUUUGAGCAAACUUGAAUGAAGCAAAUUGUUGUAUAUGGCUUCAAGUUCAAGCUGAGUAAACACUGACAAGGUUCUAACUUAAUUUUCCAUGACUUAUUAUGAGAAAGUCGAAAUUUUAUGUUUUAUGUUCUCA